AUGGUCAUCUUCAGAUCUUUCACCAUGAUCUUGAAAAUGACUGUUCAGAACGAGAUUUCUCGUUGGGAACAAGACAGCAUCAAUUCCUCGGAGAAAAGAUCGCCAAUCACACACCACUUCUCAGGGAUACUGACAAGCGACGCUGUUUCAGAAACAGGAAGCAGCGAGCUUUCUGAGAGUAGGGCACCUCCCUCAGAUUCUGUACCAGCGCCCAAGCUCACACAUCCUAAACGGCUUGAGGUAGCAAUCAAAAUUAGACGGCGAAAAAGCGACAGUAGUCACGAGAUCGAGGAUGUGACUUCAGUGGUCCUUAAAGAAUCUUGGCUUCCGGGAACUACCCUUGUCUACGUUACUGACGGCACGGUGCCCUCCGCCUCUCUCUCCAAAAUCACGGACAAUGUAGGGCUAGAUUUCGCCGUCGGAAUUUUUGAAAUACUGCCGAGUAAUGACGGUGGCUGGAGCAGUGUUGAGUCGUCGAAUUUCCGGGAUCGCAUCCAGCAGAUUCAAAAGACAUCAAGAUACACGACGACGGUCCUGUUCAGCGACAGCUUCAUCUUCUUGAAGGAAAUCAUAAUAAAAGCGGCCGAUGACGACCUUCUCGUGUGGCCAGCUCGACUUCUGGUCAUCACUAGGUCGCCCCAGAUGCGUCUCCAUUCGUUGAGGAAGCCACUUUCAGCCCUCAAUGCCAUGGCUACAGUGGUAGUGCUUCUCAAAGGACUGUCAGAGGUUGUCACGUUGGUUUUUGUCAGCAGGGCAAUGGAGAGUGGGAAAGAACUUGAUAAGGGCAAAGGUACCCAUAUACCAUCUCAACAGCUGGGACAAGGAGUCCUUCCCCGGGCGAAACUGACAGAUGGCACUAACUUGCAAGUUACUGGGCUGGAUUUCCCGCCACACGUCAAGGUCCGGAACGUGGCUUCUGGUGAACGAGGGGAGUUUAGUUACAGUGGGCCAGUGAUAGUGCUUUUGGACAUGCUUGCAGGUGAUAUGAACUUUACGUACAGCAUAGUUCAACCACCAGAUAUGUCGACGGGCAUCCGCUUCCCAAAUGGCACUUGGAAUGGCAUGGUGGCAAUGUUACAAAGGAAGGAGGUGGACUUUGGUCUGGGUCUCUUCGGAUUCACUUAUCUUCGGGCUCAAAUCAUCGACUUCACCAAUCCUCUUGUAGUAGAUUACGGCGCCAUUCUCGGCCGGAGAGGGGGCACCUCAGUUGACCCAUGGGGCUUUGCCUUGCCUUUCACCUUUUCAGUCUGGGUUGGUUUCUUCGCAACAUUCAUAUUCAUUCUUACCCUCGUUUCGAUUAUAUCAAGCCUUCGUUGGGAAUCCGGCUCACCUUCUCCCAAGAUCUCUCCUGCAAUGUAUAUUCGCAAUUUAUUGCAGCAAGACGUCAAUGUGACACCAAACUGCAACUGGGAGAAACUGAUGGUCGGGGUCUGGUUGCUGUUUCUUUUAGUGUUCAUCGAGUGUUACAGUACCAACUUGGUGUCUCUGCUGGCGGUCCGUUAUAUCUCCGAGCCUUUCCAGUCGCUGCGGGACAUGCUCCAUGACCACACAGUCACCUCAAUAUGGAUCGCCAAUUCAGCUUACAUGCAGCAUUUGUCGGCUGUGGAAUCUGGCAUAUUCCGCGAAAUAGCAGACAUAAGAGACGAGGCGCAUGAAACUCGUACACCCUUUGAUCUAUGUAUCAACUGUGAAUGA